AUAUUAUAUAUAAUAUAAUAUAAUUUAAUAAUAUAAUAUCAAUUUAACUACACCUAUAAAUUCAUUCACUUUUGUAUUACUGUAAUAUCAUACUUCAAUGUAGAUCAUUCUUCAACUGUAUGAUGUUACAGUAAUAAGUGAAUGAAUUUAUAAGUACAAUUAAAUUGAGCUACUUUACACAAUAUUUUAUUGCCAAUAAAAUUAACGAUGCCAAUUCUACAUAAAUAAAACUAUACUGUAUUAUUGUGAGAUAAUAUAAUGAUUUUGAAAUUUUUCUUUUUAUGAUUGAUCGAAAUACGCAUGCAUGGCAAAAUAUUUUUUUAGCUGUAAAUCGAAAAAGAGCCACAUCGAUUCAGCGUUAAUUGAUUGUAUCCAGAUGUACGCGAUAGCCAGGGCGGUGGAUCUUCCGUCGAAAAUCGGCGACCUCGAGGUUCUCAUAUUGAUCGUCUCCUGCAUCUGUCACGAUCUCGAUCAUCCGGGCUACAACAAUAUCUAUCAGAUAAACGCGCGGACUGAACUAGCAUUGCGUUACAACGAUAUCUCGCCUUUGGAGAAUCAUCACUGUUCCGUGGCGUUCCGGGUCCUGGAGGCACCCGAGUGCAACAUCCUCGCGUCCUUGGACAAUCUUACCUAUAGAAUAGUGCGCGAGGGCAUUAUACGAUGCAUCCUAGCGACCGACAUGGCCCGGCACAACGAGAUCCUCGGCCAGUUCAUCGAUAUCAUUCCUGAAUUCGAUUAUACCAACAGAGCACAUAUAAAUCUGCUAUCCAUGAUCCUUAUCAAAGUGCUUCAAGAGUUCUUUAAGCAGAGCGACGCGGAGAAACUCGAGGCUCUUCCGGUCACGCCAUUCAUGGAUCGCGACAAGAUGACCAAACCAUCGUCCCAGGUUAGCUUCAUCGGCCUAGUUCUUCUCCCCCUCUUCGAAGCCCUCGGCGAACUUCUUCCCGAGCUACAGAAUCUCAUAGUUCAACCCGUCAGGGAAGCUCUGGAGUACUAUCGCAGACUGAACGAGGCUGCCAAAGACGAACGUCAUCAUCGGAAAAGUGUCAUAGAUGUCGGAGAAUCAGGCAUAUCCAACGCGCCGAGCGGCGUUGGCAACUCCGCCAUUAUCAAAUCCACGUCGUCGCACAGCAUGCGUUCAAAACGAUCCGCCACGACAAUCCAUUCGCGCUCGCGCUCCACCGACGACGAUAUUACGGAGAACUUGACGAUGGAGGAGAUGGAAAAUGUCGAGAGCUCUGAUCCGGAGACCGCCACGGAAGUAGAGAUCAGCGAGAAGACGCUCAAGUUCAAGAUUUCCACCGAAGGCACACUGGCCGGCCCGACUACCGGCCGGAAGAGUUGCCCCAGCAGUCGCAAGGGCAGCCGGGAGAAAUCCUCGUUAGAUUAUCAUAAUCAGGAUCUGAUCAAGGCCGUUCGGGAACACGAGCGCGAGAGGAGACGCAGCAGCAGAUGCGUAAAUCUCGGUAGCGAUCUCAGUUCGCCGAUCAGCGCGAGAUCCGCCGAAGGCACGCGUAUUCUCGAGGAAAUUGAGAAGGAGGCGACAACAUUUCUAGUCGCUAAAAUUGAAGACAGAGCGCCAGAGGGAAACGGUAAUAUCGUCGUGGCAGAGGCCUACUCGCAACCGAGGAACAACGUGAAGAAGGCCGGCACGGUCAUAGAAAAUAUUCAUGAAAUCCGAUCUAGUCGUAAGGAUGCACACGGCAGUCGAGAAUCAAUCAAUCUGCGAUGUUGCUGCGACGACAGAACUGGGUCGAAUAAUCACAAGUCUUUAUUCUCACGGCUGAGAAACUUUACGGAUCAUCUGAGCAGCAGUUUUGACUCUAAGGAUUCGCCCAGUCCCAAACUAAAGCACGCGUCCAAGAUGCUCACUAAGAGCAACUCGGUGAGCAGCGGUUCCGCCGCGACUUCGAGGAGGCACAACAAUUCUUUGUUCAUCUGUAAGCGCUGCAACCUUGUUAAGUCUUCGAUUAAGGACAACAGCAAAGCUAUUGCAACUGUGGUGGAGUCAUCGUCGGUUGACAAACGAGCGAUGACUCUGCCCAAGAUUCGCAAAUUCACAGACAGCAAGAACAAAAGCUGGCGGACGGUGUUCACUAAAGAAAAGAGAUUGUCCACUUCUUUGGAGGCUUUGCCGGCAGCUGGCUCGUUUUCCAAGCACCGCAGAAACUUAUCGAAUCCCGAGGGCAAGUCACAGAGUAUGAAGGAAGUGAAAAGAUCUCGACAGGGUCUGGAUAUCGAGUUUCAAGAGAUCGAUGUACGUCUGAAGAAACAGCAGCAGCCUGAAAUCAUAGUCAAUCCCGAUGAUACCUCAUGCGACAUUGAAGAAGAUCUCGGCAAGGUGGAGAUUAGGAGAAGCUCAGCCAGUAUGGAAGACAUUUCUAAGAUGGCAAAGCAGGCGGAAGCGGUCAUACUGGGUUCGCUGAAUUCCAAGGCGGAGGAACGUCCGCACACCGGUAGUCUGGAUUCGAUGCUCUGCAAGGAGGUGUUUAAAUCACGAAAGAAGCAUUCCACUGUGUUCGCGUCGCGCGCCACGACCAAAAAAUCAUCGCCCGGUCUAUUCUCGCGAUUCAAAUCCGGUAUGAGCAUUGACAGUACUCGGAGCAACAGCAACAGCGAUUCUCUGCACGAUCACGGUUCGCAAAGCGGCUGGAUAUCUUCGUUGACGGCCAGUUUUCGGCCAAAGAGGCACCCGAAUGAAACGCCGCUGUCGCCGCAUCCACCGAGGUCGCCCAGCAGAGAAGAGAUCAUGUAAUACGUCCUGGUGGUCGAGGAUCCCUCUGAGAAGAAGCUCGGGCUUCGCGGUUGGUGGCCCGAAAACCUGUUCUGCUGCAACAGUUAGGACUCCAAUGGAAAAAGUUUGAGCCUAGUUUAGGCUCAGAAAUAUCCAGGAA